CCCCCUUCGUUCUUUGCUUUCCUCUAUCGAAGUCGAGUUGAUCCUCGACUUUCUUUCCUUCGUUCACUUCGUUCCUCGGGAUCCCUCCUUUGAUAGGGGCUGCUAGCUGCAAAAACCUCCUGGGAGGCCUUUUCCGACGUCUAGAUUGACUCGCUGUCCUUGUCCAACGCCAACACCACACACCUCGACGGUUCUUUAGCUCUCACUUUUCACGAUGCGUUUCGCUACCCUCCUCAGCACUGCCCUUCUCGUCGGCGUUGUCGCUGCCGCUCCCACAUCCGGCUACGACAGCUCUUCGUCUAGCUCCAGCUCCGGCUACGACUCCAGCUCCAACAGCAAGUCGUCGUCGUCCUCCUCCAGCGGCUCUUCGGGCUACGACUCCAGCUCUAACUCGAACUCUGGCUACAACUCUGGUAACCAGGGCAGCUCGUCCAGCUCUGCUUACGGUAGCUCGUCCACCGGCUCGUACGGCAGCUCGAACUCGAACUCUGGCUCGUACGGCAACUCGAACUCCGGAUCGUACGGCAGCUCCAACUCGGGCUCGUACGGUAACUCCAACUCGGGUUCGUACGGCAACUCUGGCUCGUACGGUAGCUCCUCGUCGUCGUCCGCGUACGGCUCCUCCUCUACGUCGACCGAUUCGUCGUACGGCGGCUCUUACUCUUCCUCGAUCGACACGUCGUACAACAGCUACUCGACUGCCACGGCGGACGCCACUUCCACCUCCUUGUACUCGACCUCCACGAGCUCGACUUACGCGUCCCAGAGCACGUCGUCCAGCAACUACGGUUCCGGCAGCACGAACUGGGGAAGCUCGGGUUACAACGACUGCGUGCAGCAAUGCAUCGCGUCCUACGGUGCUCCUCCUGCAACGUGGACCCCUUCUGCCACUCAGGGCUCUGACAGCGGCUCCUACUCCGGCAGCCAGGGCACUGGCGUGACCCACACCGUCAUCGUCGCUCCCACUCAGGGUGUUCUCCGCUACGUUCCCUUCGCGGUGAACGCCUCCGUCGGUGACACCGUCCAGUUCGUCUGGGGCGCCAAGAACCACACUGUCACCAAGUCGUCGCAGCUCGAGAUCUGCAACAAGACCAGCGACGCGCCCUUCGCGUCCGGCGAGCAGAACGCUCCGUUCACCUUCACCCAGGUCGUCAACGACACCAGCACUACGUUCUUCUACUGCGGUACCCCCGGUCACUGCCAGAAGGGCAUGUUCGGUAUGAUCAACCCGCCGUCCGUGUACAACGCCGCCACCUCGGUCUCCCAGGCGAUGGCCCCGAUGGUCUCCAACUCCUCGGACUUGGCUGCCAUGAACGCGUACACCAACACGCUCACCAAGGGUAACGACAAGGCUGCGAACUGGGGUCAGAACAUCGAUCUCUCCAGCCUCCCCGACUGGUCGCACUCCCUCGUCGCGGAGAACGUCCUGUACACGCGUGCCUUCCUCGGUGCCAACCCGGAGACCCUCAAGGACGACGGCUCGAUCGACCUCAGCGGCACCACCCCCAAGGUGAUCCCCAACGACAUGGCCAACGUCAACAACGCGGUCGACAACACUCAGUCCGCCUCUGCCGCCCCGGCCUCCAGCUCGGCGGCGUCUGAGUCCUCAUCGACCAGCGCGCCCUCCGCGACGCCCUCUGGCAAGAGCAACGGCGCCGCCUCUACCGCUGCGUCGACCGCGCUCCUCGGUGUCGCUGCCAUCGCCGCUGCGAUCCUCGCGCUCUAAGCGGACCGCGUCUAGCUAGCCGCCUCUCCCAGCCGGGGGACGAUCCCCGUCGUGACGAUCAUCAUGGUUUCUCGCACAAGGGCGCCCCGCACGUAUAUCCAUAGCUGCCGAAUCGGACUCUUACUGUCGGACACUUCGCAGGGCUGCCGCGCAUUGUAGAUGCUUGCUACGAUACCUCGCUUACCCACACCGGUGUUUAUCUUAUUGCGCAUGGACUUGGACACUUAUCUCUCUCUAGUACUCUCCUCCCCUGUUGCUUGCUAUCCUGUGAUCCCUCCCCCCCUUUUACUUUACAACUCGCAUGCGAGGAAAAGGUACCACCCUCCCCUGCUUAGGGCAGUUCGCUGGUUAGUAAUAUAAUCAGGCC